AUGGGCCUUUACAACUCCAUUUCUGCUCUUGUUUUCGCAUCCUUCUGUAUGCAUGCUCUCAUUCUUCACUACUCUUGCUCUCCUUCUUUAUCCCUCCCCGGAAAUGAGACAGAUAAACUGGCCUUGCUUGAAGUCAAGGCUAGCAUAACUCAUGACCCUCUUGGAGUUUUAUCUUCAUGGAACAAAACCAACCAUUUUUGCUAUUGGCGUGGUGUCACGUGUGGUCAUCGUCACAAAAGGGUAACGAGUUUGGACCUUGAGUCCUCAAAACUUGAAGGCUCCAUAACACCCCAUGUUGGAAACUUGAGUUUCUUGAGAGUAAUGUCUCUGAGAAAUAACAGCUUCAGCAAUCAAAUUCCUCCACAAAUCGGCCGUCUACACAGAUUGCAAGAUUUAUGGCUGGCGAAUAACUCACUCAGCGGUCAAAUUCCAACCAACUUAUCACUCUGCUCUCAACUCCAGACAAUCCGUCUAGGUUACAAUUUGCUGGUGGGAAAAAUUCCUGAGAAGCUCGGCAGCUUGUCAAUGCUAAGACUAAUCACAAUUCACGGGAACAACCUUACAGGAAGUCUUCCUCAUUCUUUUGCUAACUUAUCGUCACUCGAAACAGUUUCCGCAUCUUAUAAUAGUUUGAGUGGAAGUAUUCCUGAUAUUUUUGGCAAACUGACCAAUAUCACAUUUCUUGCAUUGGAUGAAAAUAGGUUGUCUGUGACAGAAAACCAACUACAUGGAAAGGUCCCUUCUUUGGGAAAUUUACAAGGGCUUGUGCGAUUACAUCUUGCUUUCAACAAUCUUGGAAGUGGGGCACGUGGUGACUUGAGCUUUCUAUGUGAUUUGACAAAUGCCACACGUUUGCAAGUCCUACGACUUAAGACAAAUAAUUUUGGGGGCAUGUUACCUCAAUGCAUAGCUAACCUAUCUUCUUCUCUUAUAAGCUUCGUUGUAUCUGCAAAUCAAAUAUCUGGAAGUAUUCCAAAGGGGAUCGGGAAUCUGCUAAACCUAGAGUGCCUAUUGCUGUCUAAGAACCGGCUUUCAGGUCACAUCCCCCACACUAUAGGAAACCUUCAGAAAUUAUAUGAGAUAAAUAUGGGUAGAAACUCUCUUUCUGGGAAAAUUCCAUCAUCUUUUGGAAAUUUAAGCGGAUUAACUGAGUUAUAUUUACAUGACAACACCCUUCAUGGAAAUGUCCCUUCAAGUUUAGCUGAGUGUCGCAAUUUGAUCAUAUUAGCUCUUCAGAUUAAUAACUUCAGUGGUAGUGUAUCCGAAGUCAUUCAUACUUCCUCUUCAUUUACUGCUUUAGAUUUAUCGCAAAAUCAAUUCACUGGUUCCCCUCCCAAACAAGUAGGACACUUAAUAAAUUUGUGGUACUUUGAUAUUUCUUACAACAUGUUAUUUGGUGAAAUUCCGUCAAGUUUUGGGAGUUGUGUAAAGAUAGAGUAUGUAAGCAUGAAGGGAAACCUCUUACAAGGGAAUAUUCCGCCCUCUUGGGGUUCACUGAAAGGAAUUGAAGAAUUAUAUCUCUCUCGCAACAAUUUUUCUGGCACAAUUCCAGAAUUCUUGGAGCGUUUUCAGUUUUUGCAGUCACUAGAUCUAUCAUAUAACAAAUUGGAGGGUGUGGUACCAACCGAAGGAGUUUUCAAGAAUGCAUCUGCCACAAUAAUAGUAGGAAAUGCUAAACUUUGUGGAGGAAUACCAGAGUUUCAUUUGCCCAAAUGCAAAUUACAACAUUCCCAUGAGAGGCGAUUGAGCCUAACCUUGAAGCUGGUUAUCUCUCUCGUUUGUGGGCUUCUUGGACUCAUUUUUGCACUAUGUUUCCUGUACCUUUAUUGCUCAAAGAGGGCAAGAAAAGAGCAUGCUUCAAGUGAUUCAGAAAAAUUUCUCAAGGUGUCGUACCGAAGUCUUUUAAAAGCUACCAAUGGAUUCUCCUCCAUCAACUUGAUUGGUAUGGGCAGUUUUGGGUCUGUUUAUAAAGGAGUACUUGACCAAGGUGAAACGAUGAUUGCCGUCAAGGUACUCAAUCUCGUUCAUCGUGGGGCUUCCAAAAGUUUCGCUGCUGAGUGUGAGGCCUUGAAAAAUAUUAGACACCGUAAUCUUUUAAAGGUACUCUCAGCAUGUUCAGGUGUCGAUUAUAGUGGAAAUGAUUUCAAGGCCUUAGUUUAUGAGUUCAUGGCUAAUGGGAGCUUAGAAGAAUGGUUGCAUCCAACUCAAAAUAUUGAUGAGACGGAUGAGAGGCCGAGAAGCUUAACGUUUUGUCAAAGGUUAAACAUUGCUAUUGACAUUGCUAUGGCAUUGGAUUAUCUCCAUCAUCACUGCCAGACGCCAAUAGUUCAUUGCGACCUCAAACCCAGUAAUGUGCUUCUCGAUGAAAAUAUGACUGGACAUGUAGGUGACUUUGGGUUGGUAAAAUUCCUUCCCCAAAUUUCUGAAAUUGACUCCAGUCACCAAUCAAGCUCCACCGGAGUAAAGGGAACAAUUGGUUAUACUCCUCCAGAGUACGGUGUGGGACAUGAAGUCUGGAGGCAAGGUGAUGUGUACAGUUAUGGUGUCCUCUUGUUGGAAAUGUUUACUGGAAAAAGACCAACUGAUAACAUGUUUCAGGGAACGUCAAACCUUCAUAACUUUGUCAAGGCAGCUGUGCCGAAAGUUGUACAGAUUGUCGAUCCUCUUCUUGUUCUAGAAAGCUUCGAAGGGGAUAUGAGCGCAAACAAUCGCUUGGAUCACAAUAGACAAACCAAUCGCAACAAAAUUGAAGAAAGCUGCUUGGUUUCAAUUUUAGAAAUUGGUGUUGCUUGCUCUGCCCAGUUGCCUAGAGAACGGAUGGAUAUUUCUGAUGUUGUGGCCGAGCUGUGUCGUAUAAGAAACAAAUUAUGAGUUAAUAGAAGAUGUCAAUUGACCAUGCAAGCGCGUCACCCAUUGAUGGGUGAUCUCUAUGAAAUCGUGUUCUAUAGUAGUCCAUAUAUGCACUUAUGUUCUAAUAAUCUGUCAUUUCUAUUUCACUUAAAAAUUUACCUACCACAUUCGCUCUUUUUUUGUUCAAGAAACCUCAAUAGUAUGAGGGACAUUUUGUCACAUUAGAAAAAAAAUAAAAAGGUUACGCCUGUUCCACCUUCAUUAUUUCAAAAUUUGUAC